AUGCGCUGCGUUGUGCUAGUAGAGAUGAAGCCGUACAUUAUUACGAGGCCUUGCGCAGCCGAUCCGGAGCUCUCCAGGCUCAUAUACCGGCACGUUGCAGCUCAUGAUCCGGAAUCAGUCUUUGAAGGGUUGAACGUAUCGGCCGAGACUUUCUACAGUUGCCAGGCGCGCGAAGAUCAGCUGUUUCGGGAUGAAAACGAAAACCUCUUGGAAACAUUGCUGCUCUGCGGCGCCCAAACAAUGGAAAUGGAAACGCAUCAGCUGCUGCAUUUAGCAUCCAGAAGAGUAGAACUCAUGAAGGCAGCAGCAGUUCACAUUGGAGUGACCAGUCGUACUAACGACCAGUUCAUGCAUCCUAUCACGCCUUCCCAGCUGAACGAGCUGGUGACUGUAGCGGGCAAAGCCUGUCUCGACGCCCUCGUGGACGUGGCAAUAUGA